AUGCCUCUCGAUAUCAAUCUACCCACAUUCCAUCUCGCUCCUAGGCCCCGAGAACCCUUCGUAACUACCCUCUCAUAUAGUUCAAAUGGCUCGUCUCCUCAGGCAACCUACGUCAAGACUAUCUCCACCGAAGAGCAGAAUGCCUACAACACUACUCUACACGAUGCCUUUGUUCCCGACAUCCUCUAUGCAUCCAUAAACGCUCGACCUGAGAUCCACCCUUCGUCGGCCACAUCCCCUGGCGGUACACCGGCAGACCCCAAGGUCCUUCUGCCAAGCGAGUUUGCGAUAUCGUUGUUCAACCCCGACUCAACCACCAUACUCGAACACCACCACUCGGCGCUUCGCGGAACAUACUGGGAGUUUUCACUCCCCAAAACCUCCUUUCUCCCACCAACAUCCUCAAAACUCGAUGCCGCGUCUGCUGCUGCGGCGAUUGCUCACCUCCCGCGCGCAACCUUCCGGUGGCGCAAAGAAGGCGGUAUCAUGACCCGCCCGCAAUUACGAUGCUCCCUCGUCUCGCCAGCAAACCUACCUAGUAUCCCCGGUACUGCCUCGGCGAGCAAGAAGGCCGGCGCAAAUGAGCCCGACAUUCCGAUCGCCAUGUUUUUAGGUCUUGGUGAGAAGAAGGGGAUCGGCGAGAUCACAAUUAUCCAGUCCAACCUGAAGCGCGUGGAGGUGGAAGAUCUCAAGGGGUUGGAGGUUGUGUUACUGUUGUCUGCGAUGGCGAUUGGUGACAUUUGGUUUCAGUCUACGAAUCAAAUGUUUAAUUUGAACCCGCCUAUUCGGGGAUCGGCAAACGGGACAGCGAGACGGAAGAACUCCAUGCCGCUUGCGGCGGCUACUCCGACCAUUGCGGUGUCUGCCCCGGAACCUAGGUCUCCGCCUACAACAUCCCCGCAACAUGGAAAACCCCCACCGAAUGAUGCCUCAUUUGCAGCAAGGUUCCAGCAACAGCAGCAGUCGCAUCAGCGUCGGCACAGUACCCCCAUGGAUGCGGACGCCGAGUACAGCCGCCGCGUACAGGAGGAAGAGAAGCGAAAGCGUCGUAUUGCUGAAAAGGAGCAGGAGGAAAUUCGAAAAAUGUUGGCCGAGGAGGAGAGCCGAGAACGCCGUAAGCGCGAGGAGGAUAUCAACCGUGAAACGGAGCGACUGAAACGGAUCUACGAAGCCGAGCGUGCAGAGUACAUGGCCCGUGGUGCUCGUAACGCUGCACAGCCACAACGAGUCUCCUCGCAGCAACGGAACCAAAGACCACCAGUGGUCGGUGGGAGCGGUGGUAUGAUGAUGCCACCACCCCAAGGGGGGCGAGGGGGCGCAGCAAACGACGAAAAGAAGCUAGGGAGUCGCAAGAGUUUCCUUGGCCUGAAGUUUGGCUCGAGCAGCAGCUCCAAAGAGGAAGAGAAAAAGAAGAAGCUGUCCAAAAAGGGGAGCAGCAUGUUUUAA